AAUCUCCAAAACCACCAGAUGGAGACAGACGGUUUCCCUCCGUCUCGGUUCAAGGACUCCACCAGCCCCGAUGACGAGUGUUUGUGCCGGAAAAGUGACUUGUUGUGUGAGGGCAUCGGGAGGCCAAUGUGAUAAGGCAAAUUUAAAUGAGUCAUAAAUCAGGUGAUAAAAAAAAGAAGCUAACGCUUAUCUGGAAUUUUACAGCUGAAAAUAAUCUAAGUGUGAUAGAAGCCACAGAAACAUUCAGUUUGGUUGGGCUGGAUCCACAGGGCAGAGAAUUCCAGGAGAAAAUAUUUCCUAAAAAAUAUAAAUACAAUUUUCCAGUAAACUUUGAGAGUUUUGGCUAUAAAAUAAGAUUACACAUUUAUGAUAAGAGCAAUGUAAAUAAUUUAAGACAGAAAGAGUCUGACAUCACUGGAUGCUGAUUGCUGAGUUUUCCUAGAAGUUACAGAGUGCUGCAUACAGCCAGAGGCUCCUCCCCCUUUAUAAUCAUGUGAUAGCAGUCAAACAGGCCGACAGAGGACACCCCCAGAAGACUGAAACUUGUUCUCAAGCUGACAGAACUUCCUUAGAAGCUGAGGCUCCGUUUGUCAGAGGGACGUACUGAUGGCGGGAGAAACGCUGCUGGAAAUGUGGUCGAGGAGAGACGCAGAGAAGAGAACCGGCGGGACUGAAGAGACGCAGAAGAGAAUCUCCCAUUCCAUCGAAGAGAUCCUCAGGAGGCCCACCUGCCCCACGAAAGAGUCUGGAGGUCAUCGAAGCUGGUCUGUUAUCAAAGAAAACAACAGGCCCGACUCAUGCACAGGAACUCCUCAAAUCCAAAGGGAAACAUCUCCCAAAUCCAGCGCCGACUGUAAGACAGGUCAGAUGAAGAAGAGGCAAACCAGAGUCACUUUCACCCCCGUUCAGGUGCAGGAGCUGGAGGCCGUGUUCCUCCAGAACCACUACCCGGACGUCAACACCAGAGACGAGCUGGCCUCCCGCCUGCAGCUCACCGAAGGCCGCAUACAGGUAGACCUCACCACGAACACGAUCACAUCAGAGCCGGGAUGUUAAAUGAUGGUUUAGGCUGCAUCCUAUUUGGUCCAGUGAGGAUCGUGUGAUUCUCCUGCUCAUUUACGUACGUUUUGUCACACUUUUGGGAACCUCAGCAGUCUUGGUAUCAAAGCGUUCAGCUUGUUCAGAUUUGCUGCACUUGUACUUCUGGUAUUCAUAAACUUUAUAGCUUUAGAAA